GCUGCAAUCGCGAUUUUAUGCUCCAACAGAAUUAUCGCGUGAUAAUUCCGUAUUGUAAUCUAUCGUGUUUCUCAAAGCAUCGUUCCGUCCGAAUUCUCGGGUGUAGUGUUUCCGCGCGCUUUUCGGCAGCCGGUCGAUUCGGCGUUCUUGCUCUAAACUCGUUCUUACUGGAUAUGUAAUGCUGCGUGUCGUGGUCUGCGCCCGAACCUCGCCAUCUUUGUCUGUCAUCGUCGUAGUCGCCGCCGCGAAAACGGUCUCGCAGAACGUGGUCCGGAUGCUCGCGGAUCGUCGUAAUAUUUUUGUCGCCUAGAAACUAUCGUGAGUUUCUCCGUUCCAAAUCACGGACGUUCCAAGAUCGAUUCUGCGUGAAGAUACCGCGGUUUCUCUUUCUCGUGUUUCUCCGGCGUAUCGGUUUGAUCCACGAGAGAAACGGAGAGGCUGGACUCCCUUUCAGCGAAGAACUUUCGCAGGACCUUUCAAGGACAUUUCCGGGACGUCCCAAGGAUUUCUUCGGGGCAUCCUGGUGGCAUCCCUUCACCGGUGGGAUGCUACAUUGAAGUGAGCGGUGGCAACCUUAUUUGGACCAUUCGCAGGAUAAAAAAAUUGAGAACAUAGGCAGAAUGACGGCGAUGACGCAGGAGGAAAUUGUGGCUGGAGCACGGACCGUCGCACAAGGACUAGAAGCUCUCCGAGUCGAACACGGUGGUCUACUACAAGGCCUGCAGUCUCAGGACGCACCUGCCGCUCGGGACAAGGCUAGUCUGCUUUCUAAAAUCAUCGAGAUGAUCGACCUGGGCCUAGGCGAAGCGCAAGUGAUGCAAGCGUUAGCGAGUCAUCUGCAGAUGGUAGAAGCAGAAAAGCAGAAACUAAGGACGCAGGUGAAGAGGCUGUGCCAGGAGAACGCUUGGCUUAGGGAUGAGCUAGCUGGUACACAACAGAAGUUGCAAGCGAGUGAGCAAGCUGUUGCUCAAUUAGAAGAAGAAAAGAGACACUUAGACUUUAUGGCCAGUAUGCGACAAUACGAUCCGGAUCCAUCAACAGAAGAUGAAAAUGCUAAGGAUCGACCAAAGGACGAUCCUGUGGUGGAUCUCUUUCCUGAUGAUGAUACCGACGAUCGCAACAGCAAAUCUAUAUCUCCGACUCCGCCCUCGCAGUUUGCUCAGCAAGUGAAUGCUGGCUAUGAAAUACCGGCACGCUUGCGCACACUGCACAACCUGGUGAUCCAAUAUGCGAGUCAAGGCCGUUAUGAAGUGGCGGUUCCUCUGUGUAAACAAGCUUUGGAAGAUUUAGAAAAAACCUCUGGUCAUGAUCAUCCUGACGUGGCAACCAUGCUUAAUAUCCUUGCUCUCGUAUAUCGAGACCAGAACAAAUAUAAAGAAGCCGCGAAUCUUCUGAACGACGCUCUAGCGAUUCGAGAGAAGACGUUAGGUGAAAAUCACCCCGCAGUAGCGGCAACGUUGAACAACCUCGCAGUGCUAUAUGGAAAACGAGGAAAAUAUAAGGAGGCUGAACCCCUAUGCAAACGAGCACUAGAAAUCCGCGAGAAGGUACUAGGUCGCGAUCAUCCGGAUGUAGCAAAGCAAUUAAAUAAUCUGGCACUAUUAUGCCAGAAUCAAGGCAAGUACGAAGAGGUGGAGCGUUAUUAUCAACGAGCACUGGAAAUCUAUGAGGUUAAGCUAGGGCCGGAUGAUCCAAACGUCGCUAAAACGAAAAACAAUCUAGCAUCUUGUUACUUGAAACAAGGAAAAUACAAGGAUGCCGAGGUGUUAUAUAAGCAGGUGCUCACUAGAGCGCAUGAGAGAGAAUUUGGCGCCAUCGAUGGUGACAACAAACCGAUUUGGCAGGUGGCCGAAGAAAGAGAGGAAAAUAAACAUAGAAACAAGGAAAACACACCAUAUGGCGAAUAUGGCGGUUGGCACAAGGCUGCGAAGGUGGAUUCUCCUACCGUUACUACUACUUUAAAGAAUCUUGGUGCCCUUUAUCGAAGACAGGGUAAAUACGAAGCUGCUGAAACGCUCGAAGAUUGCGCCUUGAGAUCUCGAAGAGAGCACGUGCAACAAGCAUUAGAACUAGUGAGUAAGGCACGAGUGGUACAGACGCUGUUAGGCGAUGACAAAAGCUCUACCAGACGUGGCUCACGAUCCAGUCUGGCUAAUAGCGAACACGAACAAAAUCAUGAAGAGGUGAACAGUUCGCUGCCAUUGGUGCAAAGGGCACUACAUGAAGGACAGUCAGCGGCGAGCAGUGGCCAGCACCAACAUGAUGCUAGUCCUAACAAACCCGGGUUUAAAAAUAAGAUCUUCCAAGCUUUUGGCAUUCACUCGUCAUCUACAUAAGCCGGGUGGAUUCCAUUUUCCGUUUCUUGUUAGCUUCUAUUCCGCUUUAUUGAUUCGUUAAAUCCGUUCUCUUCAGCUGCGUAUCCUGUAUUUUU